CAAUACGGACCUUUAGACAGGUGACGACUGUGAUGGUGUGUAACUUUCCUUUCCCUCUAAAAAGCCCUUUUGUGAUCCCAAAUAUUAAUCUUGGUUUAGAAAAGAAAAAAGAAAACCGAAAACGAAGAACACAUGAGACUCUGAGACAUUCAAGGCAGCUAAAAGUAACUAAAGUUGGGAUGAAAUGCAUAAGGUUGGUCCGCCAUACAUCCCUUCCAUGGAAACUUAGUAGCGGCAAAAGUAUUGGUGUUGCAAUUGAACCAGAUGGUUCACGAACAUUCAUAAACGUAACAGUAUCACCAGACCACAUAUGAACUGGAUAACCACCUCUACCAUUUUGAUGCAUCAUUGUAAUAUUUCCUUUUCCAAAUUGGAUCGGUGGUGGAGUAAUUCUCCAAUGUCCAGAUUUCCAUAGAUUUCUUCGUCGAAUACAGAAUUCCAAGCUCUCCAUUGCAAUCCACUGCAAAGCUAGAGUGCUCCUCUGUUAAUUUUUUUCAUCUCCUCUGUGAUUUUGAUGACUGCCCAUUUAUCCUGAUCAACAUGAUAGACAAAUACUUGAUUGUAGCUUGUUAGACAAAUUCUCCAUUCUCGUGUUGCUGGUUCACAAACAUAGUAAACUGGAAUCCGGCAAGUUGGAACCCGGCGCCGGCCGGAAUUGAUAGCUUUACCGAUACAACAAAAUAAUGAACCAUAUUGAGAUGAACAUCCGAUAUGGAUAUAUUCUGUUGUCGGUAAGAAAUCAAGAGAAGGAGAUGCAAUUUGAGGCGCGUGUUGCUGAUUUUGAUCAUCGAUGUUGGGGAUGAACCGGAAAGUGCAACAGUUCUGCCUGUCUACGCACUCAAUGAUGUAACCUGAUGCGGUAGUUCUCUGGGAAUGGAUUUGUUGAAACUUUUGAUCACAGACGAUGAGUUUAUGCCAAUCUUUGCAAACCCAUUGACAUUGGCGUAGGAGGUUACCCAAAUUUACUCUGAUUAAAAUCUCAUAAAUUGCAUCAGAUGGCAACUUUUCAAUUUCCUGUACUACUACUUGACAUUCAUCUUCGUCCUUAUCUCCCACAGAUUGCUUCAAUUCCAUCGAUCAGAAGCUUUGGUUUCUCCACUAUGCAGAUAGAUAGGGUGAUCAAAAACAGGAUCUCAGGAAUUUAGAGGGGGGUGAUUGCAGAGAUUUCAGAAUCGAAUCGGUCACUCAUGAGUCACGAAGGCUCGAAGCUUUGAACAAAACAAUUUUCGGGGUAUUAAACGUUUAGGGCUUGCCAACUUUUUGGAAGAGUGAUAUUGACUGACACGAGUUACUUUAGGGGGCGUCUAUAAUUUCCACUUGAAAACUGGAACAAGAUCAACUGCUCCAGCGGUCUAGCCAUUAUAAUGAUUUUUUAGGGUUCUUUUUUUCCAACCCAGUAACAGCCUUUACAAAAAGCAGAUAGAUCUAAAGAACAAUCGGAGGGAAAUUCCGAUUAGCCGGCAAAAUAUUCUGUCAUUCUCUUAAGAAUACCGUCUAACCGAAACCCAAUUUGUAGUUUCUGUAGUCCAUUUUUGUUCUCAUUUUUCUUUUUCUUUUUUGAGAUUUCUGUAGAAUUUUCCAAUGCCUCGAAUUUCAUUCAUUUCUGCAAUUAGGAAAUCUUCGAGUCUUGUAAAAGCUCCAUUUUUGAUUCAUUUAUCUACUUCCUUGAUAAACCCAAGCUUAAAUUCAUCACCACAUCAAUAUACUCCAGGUUCAGAGAAUGUAGUUUUUCCAAUUCCAGUUUCUAAUCUAUGUGUAUUGCAUUUCCCGUCCUCGACCCGGUAUUGCUCUACCUGUCCAUCUUCUACAGGAACUCAAGAACUGACCCAAAAUGUGGAUUCAGAACAAAUAUAUAAUGUGAUUGUGGAGAAUUGUAAUGCAGAUAAAAGUAUGGAAAGUGCUCUUGAGGUGCUCGAUGUUAGGUUAACUGCUGAAUUAGUCGGCGACAUUCUGUCGAAGCUUUGGUACGAGGAGAAAAUAGCAUUCAGAUUCUUCACAUGGGCUGGUAAACAAGAAGGUUAUAUGCAUGAAAGUAAGACUUAUGAUGAAAUGAUUGAUAUACUAUCUAGUACUAAAUAUAAAGUUAAGCAGUUUAGAAUUGUUUGUGAUUUACUUGAAUAUAUGAAGAGAAAGGGUAGGAAUUCGGUGCCGGUUGAGAUUCUAAUUGAUAUUUUGAGAAAAUAUACUGAAAAAUACUUAAGUCGAGUUCAGAAGUGUAGAAAGAAGAAGAAAGUGAGAGUGAGAACACAACCUGAGAUCAAUGCCUUUAACUUGUUAUUGGAUUCUUUAUGCAAGUGUUGCUUAGUUGAGGAAGCUGAAACCUUGUUUACGAGGUUAAAAAAGAAGGUUACUCCUGAUGCAACUACAUAUAACAUAUUGUUUUUUGGGUGGUGUAGAGUGAGAAACCCGAGUAGAGGAAUGAAGGUAUUGGAGGAGAUGAUUGGUAUGGGUCAUAAACCUGAGAAUUUUACUUAUACUACUGCCAUUGAUGCAUAUUGCAGAGCGGGGUUAUUGUCAGAGGCGGCUGCACUUUUUGAUUUCAUGAGAACAAAAGGUUCUACAAUGUCUUCUCCUACUGCAAAAACUUAUGCUAUUAUGAUUGUAGCAUUUGCUAAUUAUGAUAGAAUGGAUGAGUGCUUUAAGCUUAUAAUGGAUAUGAUAGCUUGUGGUUGCUUACCCGAUGUUUCAACGUAUAAGGAAGUCAUUGAGGGACUUUGUCUAGCUGGGAAGUUUGAGGAAGCAUAUAAGUUUCUGGAAGAAAUGGGUAAUAAAGGUUACCCAGCGGAUAUUGUUACCUACAAUUGUUUUCUUAAGGUUCUUUGUGACCUUAAGAAUGCAGAAGAAACUCUUAAACUAUAUGGAAGAAUGACUGAGGUGGGAUGUAUUCCUAGUGUCCAUACUUUUAAUAUGAUGAUCGCAAUGUUCUUCGAGAUGGGUCAACCAGAUGGGGCAUUUGAGGCAUGGGAUGAGAUGGAAAAAAGGGGCUGCAAACCGGAUAUAGAUACUUAUUGCGUGAUGAUUGAAGGUUUAUUUGGUUGUGGCAAGACAGAAGAUGCUUGUUUUCUUUUGGGAAAUGUUGUGAACAAAGGGAUGCAGCUGCCAUAUAGGAAAUUUGAUUCUUUGCUGAUGAAGCUCUCAGAAACAGGUGAUCUCCAAGGCAUCCAUAGACUUUCAGAGUAUAUGAGAGGCUUCUAUAAUCCUUCUAUGGCGAGGCGUUUCGCCGCAAGUCAGAAACGUAUGAGCACAAGUUUAAGAAGAAAGUAGAUUGGCUACAAAUGAAAACUUCUACAAAGGCCGCAGUUGUACGUGUAACCUAAUGCUUGGCUGUGCAUUCAAUUUUCUGAAGUUAUUCAGUGAUUGCUGAUUUCCUGCAAAAUAUUGAACAUACAACACAAAGUUCAUUAUUACCCUGAGAAUCAAGUGCCUUCCUCGUGGCGAAGAAUUUGGGUAGGCAGCUGCUAAAACAUGUCUGAAUUGAUGACUCAAAGUGGACUUCUUACUAAGACACUGCAGAUGGCGUACACUGAAGACAUCACGAGUUGGUAAAUACCUUUGUGGGGCUUUAAUACCCAUCUGGAAUCAAAUUAAUGAUUGGUUUUUGUUGUGAUUCACAAAUGAUGGAUUCUGAACAAUAGAAUUACCUGCUUUUGAUGAGAACAGUAUAAUUCAGGAUCAGUAGUAUAUCCCCAUUAAUAUCGGUUUGGACUUGACUAGAUAUAUUUACUUGGUAGCGACAUCUGGGUCCCAAAGGCAGCAUAGAGGGGUCUGGCUAUAUCUGUUGUUAAUCUCAACAUAGCGACUUCCCACGGUAGGUUAGUGCUUCUGCUUCAUUUUUGCUCUUUUAUCUUCUUCUUAAUCUUUUUCUAAUUUGCAGUACAUAGAAUUUUGAUUCAAGCCAUUCAAUCUUUUGCUGAAUUGGGAAACGAAAAUGAUGGGUACACCGAGCAAAUUGUACCGAGCUGGUACCGUGUGAGAAGGGGGUGGGCCCCACUCCUGCCCCACUCUCCCAUCCCAAUGUUGAGAGGCAUGCCAGGACCGUCCGAUCCCCUCUCGGUGUCCAUCUCGGUACUCCUGCUCGGUGAGCCUCAAUAACACGGAUGAAGCACAAAAAACCUGGAGUUCAGCUCCAGCAAUAUAAACCUGCAGUUCAGUUCCAGCAAUAUGGGGUUAAAGAAGAGACUAAUAUGUUCUAAUAGUUCCCGUUCAGACUUUUGGUGAAGAACACUAAUAUCACAUUGUGCAGUCUAUGCAAAGUUUGUUAUAUGAAGUUAUAAUACUUGAGAUCUUAACUAGAGUGUCCCUUGGUAGUCUUCUGUGAGAAUUUUGUCGGGUUUGCAAAGAUUGGCAAAAACUCAUUCACUAGAGUAAUUUCCAGCUCAUCCACUUUCAGCGGACUCUAAAUCAUGUUACUCCAGCAGAUUAUUGUAUCAAUUUCUUCCCAUGCAAUGUUGAUCUCAGCAGCUUCCGCGUUAAAUCUCUGUACUCCAUUUUCCACUUCGUUUCUUCAAAUAAUGAUGAUGCGUUAUAUGGGUUGGAGGCCAGAGGACACAAUUGACACCACGACCACCACUAAGGCACCAAUCCAACUGCCAGCAAACACUGUUCC